AUGAGUUUUGAUGAAGCUUGUCACACAGGCCUUGGUCUCAGCCUAGGCUGCCGUGACAGCCCAGAUCAUGACCAUACAAAUUUGCAGGCUCCUCCUGAUCAUCAUCAUCAUCAUCAUCAUCAUCGAAACACGUACAAGAACAAGCAAAUACAGUUGAAAUAUGAUCACCUAUUGCCUUCUCUUACGCUAGGCCCAUCGGCUGCUUCAAAGAUUGAGGAGGCCGAGUCGACUGAUUUGCACCAGGCAGUAGCUGUACAGGAACAGGCCUCUUCUCCCUGCAGCGGCGCCUUUUCAUCGUUUUCUAACUCGUCAAGUUUCAAGAGGGACAGAGAGUUGGGAGGUGAAGAGAUAGAGGUAGAGGUAGAGGUAGAGGUAGAGGUAGAGGAAGAGAGAGUGGUGAAUAUCACUUCGUCAAGAGCAAGCGAGGAGUUAUAUGAGCAAGAUCAUGAGGACAGCCCCAGAAAGAAGCUCAGGCUUUCAAAAGAACAAUCUGCCACUUUGGAAGACAGUUUCAGAGAACACACCACCCUCAAUCCCAAGCAAAAGCAAGACCUGGCAAGAAAGCUAAAUCUACGGCCGCGACAAGUGGAAGUCUGGUUCCAAAACAGGAGGGCCAGGACCAAGUUGAAGCAAACUGAAGCGGAUUGUGAGUUGUUGAAAAAGUGUUGUGAGACGCUGAAAGAAGAGAACAGAAGGUUACACAAGGAGCUGCAAGAGGUCAAGUUAAUGAAACAAACGGCAACAGCAGCAGCACCACCCUUUUACAUGCAGUUUCCAACAGCCACUCUCACCAUGUGCCCUUCUUGUGAAAAAAUCUGCAACGGCGGUGACCACCAUAAUCAUCAUGGGUCGUCGACGAGUUCCUUUUUGAUUGGAUCGAAGCCUGCUCACUUGAUCUUCAACCCCUUUAGCACCCAUCCAUCUACAGCUUGCUAA